UUCUUUUUGUCUUGAAUGUUUGGUUUGUGAAAUCUACAAGCCAUGAGACUUUUUGUCGUGGAGGGAUUGGUAAUCAUACACAGCUUUUUAUAUAUAUAUAUAUAUAUAUGUAUAGGUAUUAAAGCAUUCCUCAGUCAGCUUGUUCAUAUUAGAGUUAUUGAUCUGUAAAAAUGUUGUUGUCCAACAGGCCCUUGUAUAAGAGCUUCAGUUGCUCUAUGACACAAGUCACACAGGAAGCAUUUUUCACAUUCUCCUUUUAUUGAUGUAAAUUAUAUGACCCCACAAAGGGUUUCCACUCUUUAAGUCAUGUGUUUAUGGUAAAAAAUUCCCAGCAAUGACCAGGAUGUGUGUGGUAAUGUAUUGACACAGCAGCGUGUGUGUGUGUGUGUGUGUGUGUGUGUGUGUGCAAAAUUAACAUUUCGAGAGACCGAGCCGUGCACCUUCGCUGGCCCUGUGUACAGUGAAAGCAUUUAUUUCCAGUUCCACUUCCCCUCCAUUCAUGAAUGGCUUUGAUUCAGGCUCCUUUGACACACACACAAAAAUCUUGACCCAACCCUCACACAGUCAGAUUGAGGAGAUUACUAGAAAACAAAAGCACAGAAAAAAAUUGGAGUCACUUUGACCAAAUUCUGGCACCAAGGGAAACGGUAUUUUUUGAGCACCGGAGCGUCACCGUGUGUUUUGAACCCCUCUUAAAUGUUUCUUAUCAAAACUUCUAUACAGAACCAGCCAUGUGCUUGACUGACUUGUGUCCUUGCUUCUUUUCCAGAGAGCAAAACGUCAAAGCAAACCCACAAAACCAGUGCUGAAGGUGACCGACUACCAUGUCAGGUGUUCAGUGGUGUCCCGCUACGCCGUUACCACCGUCCAGAGUUCAGUGUGGAACCAGCUCCCCAUCGUCAAGGAAGCGGCCUUCGAGGUGGACCUGCCCUCCUCUGCCUUCAUCUCCAACUUCACCAUGUGAAGGAAAGAGCUGCUGCCAGGAAAAUAUACGACGCCGCUAAGAAGCAAGGGAAAACCGCUGGACUCGUCGCCACCAAAGAGAGGGAGGUGGAGAAGUUCCGCGUGGCGGUGAGCGUGCCACCGGGAGCUCGGAUGUCCUUCUCGCUGUCCUACGAGGAGCUGCUGCCCCGGCGACUCGGCCGCUACGAGCUCAGCCUGGCUCUGAGGCCCGGACAGGCCGUGCACAACCUGACGUUAGACGUAGGGAUAACAGAGCGGACGGGCAUCACUUUCGUCAAAGUCCUCCCCCUCAAGACGACCCGGCUGCUCUCCAACACGGCGAAAGGCGAUGCCGGCGCCCCUGCCUCCACUCACGUUGAGCGCAGCGCCGGUUGCGCUCGAGUUCGCUACAGUCCCACUCUGCAGCAGCAGAGCAGCGUCUCGUCCAAGGGUCUCGACGCAGACUUCAUCAUCCAGUACGACGUGGACCUCAGAGACCUCAUGGGUGACGUCCAGGUGUAUGACGGCUACUUUGUGCAUUACUUUGCACCCAGAGGGCUUCCCGUGGUCCCUAAGGAUGUUAUAUUCGUCAUUGACAUCAGCGGCUCGAUGAUAGGCACCAAGAUAAAACAGACCAAGCAGGCCAUGAGCACCAUCCUCGGGGACCUUCGAGAGGGAGACCACUUCAACAUCAUCACCUUCUCAGACAAGGUCCACACCUGGAGGAAAGGACGAACUGUGCGGGCGACUCGGCAGAACGUGCGAGACGCCAAAGACUAUGUGAAGAGAAUUAUCGCCGAAGGAUGGACCAACAUCAACGCAGCCCUGCUCUCAGCGGCCCAGCUCGUCAAUCCUCCGCCCUUUGGCUCGUCCAACCACCACUCAGCUCGUCGUGUACCUCUGGUGAUCUUCCUCACCGACGGGGAAGCCACCAUCGGAGUGACAGCCGGUGACACCAUCCUCAGUAACGCCAAAAGUGCUCUCGGCUCGGCCUCUCUCUUUGGCCUCGCCUUCGGAGACGAUGCGGACUUCCUGCUCCUGAAACGCCUGGCUCUGGACAACCGAGGCGUAGCGAGGAUGGUGUACGAGGACGCGGACGCAGCUCUGCAGCUGAAGGGCUUCUACGAUGAAGUGGCCAGCCCGUUGCUCUCGGACAUCCAGCUGUCCUACCUGGACGAUCAGGCGUUUGACAUCACCCGCUCCCUGUUCCCGAACUACUUCCAAGGCUCCGAGUUGGUUGUGGCUGGCAGGGUUAAGCAAGGGGUCAAAGAUUUGAAGGUGUCAGUGUCCGCCACCGAUUCAAAGCAACGUGUCAAUAUGGAGAAUGAUGUGUUGAUUUCCCAGGCGAAGGGGAACGAGAGUGCAGAUUCACUGGACUGCUCAGGUGCUUUAGAAGGCGUCUCGAGCUUUGUGCAUCGUCUCUGGGCGUAUUACACCAUCAAAGAGCUGCUGCUGGCCAAACUGAACACCACGGACCCUGCAAGUCAGAGGUUACUGGCAGACAAGGCCACAAAUCUCUCCCUCAAAUACAACUUUGUCACACCAGUCACUUCUUUGGUUGUGGUUAAGCCGGAUUCGGACGAAGCAGCUCAGACUCCGACCACUGCAGAGCCCGUCACAGCAGCCACUAUAACCACAACAGCAACGACUACGGCUACUACUACUACGACUACUGCCACGACCAAACUAUCAGCUGGUGGUGCGGCAAAGAAGCACAGCGCGCCGGCUCACUCCAGGCCCAACAAGAUAAAACCAGACCCUCCUCAGCCUCCUCCAAGUCCACCACAAACUCGAAAAAGCUCACCACCAACUUCUACAGCAAGGACACCGUCCAAGAAAACAACCACGACCUCGAGUCCCACCACCGUCAAAACGGCCCCAGCACCGUUAUCUGGUAAAAAAUCCACUCCCUCCCAGAAUGAUUCCAAAACUGCCUCUCCUCCUCCUGCCGGAAGAAUGUCCACGUCUCUGCUUAAUGCGCUCAAAACAGCGCCGCCGCCUGCACCCGGAAAAGUCUCCACCCACCAGCCCCACGCCGUGAAAACCACCGCUCCCUCGACGCCAACGUCCACCACCACCACACCGCCGCCGAGUUCAGUCAGAAGCAACCCCGCGCCCCUGCCCGGCAGACAUCUUACCCCACAGCCCAGCACGGCGAGGGCCGCGCUCCCUCCUCUCAAAGUGACAGCGCCCCCCGCGGAGGCGGAGGGGAACGCCAGCACAUCUGCUCCAGAUGCUCCUGUAGUCAGCGCCCCCCUGCCUGAGCUGUCCCCUCCGCUCGCCUCUCCUUCAUCCCCGGCACCAGCUGCGGAAGGCAACAGCACAGACGCUGGCGUCGACGCCGACCUCACAGACCGAAUCGCCACCCUGCUGUCGGCGACCUUCGCUCCCAUGCCCGGGGUGACAGACGGGCCACGACUGUGGGAGGCAGCAGGGCUUCUGGAUGUCUCAACUUCCAUUCAGAUUCAGAGAAAAGACUACGACGCUACGUACGACUAUGACUACGAUCUCAACUAUGAUUCCUGGGAGGAUACUGCGGACACAGAAUCAUUCGUGCUUGGGAGUGAGGAGGACUGUCCUUUAGUUGAAUGCCUUGUGCUUUUAGAACCUCCGGCCAGACUGAGCACCGUGAAGGUCUUCUCCUCGUCAGUCGACGGAGAUCCACAUUUUGUGGUGCAGCUGCCGAAGCUGCAUCAGAACCUGUGUUUCACAGUCGACGGCAGAGCCGACGACGUCCUCCGACUGUUGGAGGAGCCGGAGAGAGGGAUCAUUGUGGAUGGCCACCUGAUAGGCGCCCCCUCCAAGCACGGCGUCGAAGAGCGCUCCCGGACCUACUUCGACCGCCUCACCAUCUCCACGGGCGGCUCCGGUGGAGUCACCAUCACCAUCUCCCUGGACACCGUCGUGGUGGAAGGGGAAGGGCGGGACAUCCUUCCCAUCAGCCGGCAGGGAUCGGUGCAGAGGCAGGGAGUGACGGUAGCCGUGGACAACCACCAGAGCUGCUGGGUUGAGCUGGCCAGGGACGUGCGCUUCCUGGUCCUGUUCCACCGCUAUAAACACCCCAGUUACCUGCAGAUGGCUCACCUGGGUUUUUAUAUCACAGACGGACGGGGGCUGUCCGCCUCCACCCAGGGCCUUCUGGGCCAGUUCCAACAUGCUGACAUGAGCGUCACGGUGGUGAAGGAUCACGCGGAUGGAGCUGCUCACCGAGGCGACAACGGGGAGGGGGUUUCGGCCAGGGGCGCGCUCAGGUGGGGAUCGGAGCACCUGCCGGUCACCUUGCAGGACAAGACGCUGAAAGACUCGGUGCGGAAACGCCACUCGGGCAAGUGCUGGGUGGUGCCCAAGGCGGCGGUACACAGACUCCUGGGUCAUCCCUACGAGAGCUACGUGGUGGACCACGUGUGACUGCAGCCGAGUCCGCUCGGCCCCGGCGCCUCUCUGCAGGGCCACAGCGGCUAUCACGGCAUUGGCUAUUGGACAAAGGACGAACGAGACCUGGGACACACACCGCGCGGCUGAAAUGACACGUUGCCAGAGGCCCGUCAAAUAUUCUGUCAGGAGCAGUGGGACGCAGGUAAGAGGGAAAGUGACCUGCGAGCGGCGGAAUAAAGAGGACGUGUAGUUCGACAGAUUGUACUGCAGGAUUAUUUGGUGCUUUUCUCCUGAAUUUGAAUCGGACUCAAGCUCCGCGUUCUGCUGAAACACAAAAAGCGUCCGUUUCCGCCGCAGCAGUUUUGCGCUCGCUCCAUCAACGCUGUUCAUAACGCGAAAGAUAUUUAUCAGAUUAUUCUUAUAUUUCAUCGUUGAAUGAUUGAUGGGCAAUAGCAGAUUGUUUUCCUGUCAGAAUAAUGUGUUCUUGUUUAAACGGUGUCAUUCUGAAAGAUGUAUUUUCAGCACACGUGUAUAUAAAAUACUGUUGUAUGUAUGUGAAGACGACCCGCUCGCUGUCGGUCACGCCCCCCGGAUGCAGUGACGCGUCAUCUUACAAAAAGAAAAAACACAAAAAAGAAUCAGGGCAUUUUUUUCCAGGUUUGCCAUGUGCUUUUUAUUUUUCUAUCAUUUCAUUCAUAGUUUAAUUCAUUUUAUUUGUUACACAAGACAUUAGGCAUUGUUCACAUACUAGUGAUCAAACAAGGACAGUAAGUUUAUCUACUACUCAGCCUGAACUAUUUCUCUUGUCAAUUUCAAGGGAUAUUGUCAAUAGUGGUUUUCGAAGGCCAAAUUGGAUGGAAAAUUAAAAACAGUACAACCACAAA